AUGCCCUCCGUGUGUCCUGGCACAGCGGCUUCUUCUUGUUGCUUCUCGGCGCAGAGCCCGGGCCGUGCAGCGCAGCGAGGUGCAUUUCUUGCAUGUGCCCCUUGGUGGCAGAUGAACUGCUGUCUAACUGUCUGUAGCACGCCAGAAGUCUUCUGUGAUCCAGAUCGUUUGGCCACUGCCUGUGUCCAGCCACGGUCGCGUGGACACGUCAAGCGCUUGCUGUUGGCUUUGACGCCCGAGUACCAGCGCCUUGCCUUGGAGCGGGUGCCGGAGGACUUCCGUGGCUACUUCCAGGCAGAGCUGACCAAGCCACGGGUGUGCGUGGGCAUGAACGGCGAGCGCUGCGCCUUUGCUCUUGCAGCACGUGGAGGCCCAGCUCAGGUGAUGGGCCGAAGCGCACGGUGUCUGUUCUGUCGACCUGAAGAUCUAUGGCCACUGUGCGCGGAGGAAGCUGGCAAGCGAGAAGCCACUCAGCCAAGUCUUCGUGCUGUUUUGCUGCGUGACGUACAGAAGUGCGCAGAACAUGAACGCAGAAACAUACUCUUGCAGGUUCUGGGCAAGCUCCGGCGCUUAUCAGUGGCUGCCCGUGCCCGUGCUUUGGAAGAACGCCUGCCGCCCGACGCGGUAGAAUAUUUUGAAGCGCAGCUGCAGGGCCCGGCGCCCAAGCGCGCGGCUGGGCGGGGAAGGCGGCGCCUGCUGGACAGGCAGGAGCUCCCCAUCUUGUGGAGAGGUGCCCUGACCUCGCGGCAGACAGCUGCAGCCCCGGCGUCGGCUGCGACGAAAAAGAAAUAUCGAGAGCAGGUUCUGGCAGACAGGGCUCGGGCACGGCGCCGUAUGGGCCAGCCUUCAAAGCGAACGCCAGCUGGCGAGGCCGUCGAGAAUACCACUGGGUUGCCCCCGGCGAAGCGCCGCCGGCUGGUCGAGGACUUCGAGCGUUGGUGCCUUUUCGACUCCUGGAGCAUGUGCGAGAAUUGCGGCCUCCUCGCAAGUGCUCCGGUGGUGACGCUGGCUGAUGUGCCAGAGGUUCUGCGGGAGCUGUCUGCAGAGGCUGCGCAAGCAUUGUCGCCUUUGGAGAUCGACGUGGGCCCGGUCGUGCGUGCAGAGCACAAAUCCGGCUACCGCCAGAAGACGACCAUGAUCCGCUUCCGCUGGCAAACGACUACAGUGAAGAAGCGCAUCAAGCACUUGCAGGACGUGAACACGCGGACGAAAGCCCGCGCAGCCUACGACUUCUUGAUGGCCUCGGACGACACACCCUAUGCGACCUUUGUGGCCGAGCAUGCGGAGUUUCUGGAAGAACACCCCGGCGCCGACGAGCUCACUCGCCGUCGCCGGCUGCAAUUCAUUGAACGUGUCGGCGUGGAGUGCGCCCUCUGGCCUGGUUUGUUCUGGGAUGUGAAGCGCACCUUCACUCACGAGCGUGCCACGGAUCCCAGGCGGGUGAUUCGGCAGGAGCGGGUAGCCACCUUGGAGGACGUGCUGAAUGCCGGUCGGGCCGCUGGGCGUGCAGCCUUUCCUGCUGCAGAAAGCGAUGAGGAGGUUGAGGGCAACGACGACAGCGAAGAGGAGAGCCAGGUGGCAGAUGAGGAGGACGCAGAAGCAAAUGACGCCACACGCCACAGCAUGAAACGUCUCUUUGCUGCUUUGGCGCUGGGUCGUCUCCUGGGCUAUGCGGGGGAUUUCGAGCUUCUCCAGUUCGUUUAUGACCUCAACCUCUGGAGCAGCAUCGGUUCCAAGAAGAACCUGCAGCUGCCGACGCCCAUGCGUCUCAUGCUCAAAGGCGAGGCCUUCAGCCCCCACUAUUGGCGUGGAGUGCACUAUGCCUUGCUGGACAUGGUGCGGCAGGUGGGCUACCCUCGCAUCUUCUUCACCAUAGCCCCCUACGAGUGGAGCUUCCCCUACCACGAGUGGGUCCGCGACGAGAUGCAGAAGCUGCUCAAGGAGCGCCUCUUCCUGCCGGUGGCGGAGACGCUGCACAUAGUGCACGUCAUGGUCCAAACCGUGAAAGGCUUGCUGUUGGGGCGCACCGGGGGACGGGGGCGGCAGAAGGCUUGGAAGAGCAACAUCUUCCAUUGUCUUGACGAGCAGGGCCAGGCUCGCCGCCUGCACUUCUUCCUGCGCUUGGAAUAUCAAGAUGGGACCCGCAAGGCAGCCACGCAGGACUACCACGGCUCGGGCCGUGUCCACGUGCACGUCGUCAUCUUUGUGAAGCCUGAAGACGUCGAGCAGCUGGAUUUGGCCGAGACUGUGUCCGCCACUCUGCCCGAAGACUCGGACCUCCGUGGCUACGUCGAAGGCAGCCAGUACGACCAGGACAAGAAGAGUGGCUGGCCAAUCCACGAGGCACCAACCUGCUUUGACAGUGAGACAGGGGCCUGGCGCUUGCAGCACACGGAGGACCAUGCCGAAGGCCUGCGCCCCUACCUCGUUGAUCUCAUGGAGGUGCUCCGCUGCCACCAAGACUUCCAAAUGUGCGACGACGACGGCCUGCUCCGCGCCUACGUCAGCAAGUUCUCGGACGCGGCCAGCGAGGAGUGGCUCAACGAUGACGCCGAAGCCAUGAGCAUCGCCGCCACCGUCCUCAUGCGCUACCGGCCACUGGAGCCCGAGAUGGUGCUGCAGCUCUUCGGUGCCAAGUUCCGCCAGUGGCACCUCUCCACCCAGAGCGGCGGCAAGCGCGACUUGGUGGCGCCCUACCCUGACCAGGAGUCCAAGUUGCGCGAGGUGGAGCUGUACGAGCAGGCAGACUGGGCUCGUGGCCGCAUCAGCCUCCUCGACUACUUGCGCAAAACCACGGCCGAGGGGAAGAUCUGCCACUGGCUCAAGAAGAAGCACGCGCAAUCUGGCAGCGAGGCCACCCUGGAGGACUUUGCUGCGAACUACGUGAUGCAAGGCGAGAAAGUCGUGGCCGCCGUAACGGUUUCCAAGUUCAACGACCGCUACUUUGGCCAGUGGCUCAUGCUGCAUGUUCCCUUCGAGGAAGCCACGGACUUCUGCCUGCCGGAGCACGUCGCCCAACGGCUUCCGGAGGCACACAAGUACUUCGCCAUGGCAAUCCUCUGCGAGCACCCGGUGGCGCAGGCCAUGUGGCAGGACGACGAGAAGAUCCGUGCGGAGCUCAAGAUGGAAGCGCGCACCAAGGACCACGUGGACACCAUCCUGGCCAUGAUCCGUGCGCACCGCGGCUUGCUUCAGGAAUACCUCGAUGGCUCCCUGGAUGCCCGAAAGGACCGGCAAACCCAGGAGCAGUGCCGCGGCAAGACAAAGGCCCCCAAGAAGAAAGCAGGCCCCGUGGAUGCCAGCAAGUUCAACAGACAGCAACUCCGCUUCAAGGAGCUCGUCGACACCGCAGUGGACAGAGCGCUGGCCAUCGAGGAUGCCGAGGACGAGGGCGAGGCGGACCGUCUGCGACAAGAGGCGCGGGGCAGCAAGGCCAACGUGUGCCUGGGGCCGCCCGGGACCGGCAAGACCACAGUGGUUUUCUCUUGCAUCGACCGUGCCUUGACCAAGGGUGGCAAGGUCUUGAUGGCUUUGCCGACCGCCCAGUUGGCCAGCCGCAUGAAGGCACGCUACGGCCACAAGAUUGACAUCGACACUUGCCAUGCUGCGUUCGGCCUGCACGAGUCUGCAGAGCACGGCGAAGCAUCCUUGCUGAGCAUGUACUCCCUCAUCGUCGUGGACGAGCUCUCGCAGCUGGACAUGGUCAACUUUGAGAAGAUCUUGAAGCUCUGGGCAGCUGCGGAGCGUGUGCCAGCGCUGGUGUUACUGGGCGACCGGUACCAGAUGGCCGGCGUGGGCGAGAAGCGGCCUUGGCACGGGCGCCUCUGGAACACGCUCUGCUACCGGGUGGCCCUCCACAAGAUGUACCGCUGCAAGGACAAAGUGCACGCCAAGCUCCUGGCAACACUCAGGACCGGCAAACCAAAUGCCAAGCUGCUCCGGCAGCUCCGCAAGAAGAUGGCGUGGCGGCCGCCGGGCCGGCCGACGGUGAAGGGACUCCAGAAGCUCCUCAAAUCCAAGCCCAACACGACCAUCCUGACGUGCACCAGGCGGGGCGCUGCUGUGGUCAAUGCAACUGCUUUGAAGGCCCUUUUCCCGAAGUACCCUCCGCUUGCGACUUUGCCAGCUGACGUGGACUCCAAUCCGGAGAACUAUGUACAAGGCAAGCUGAAGCCACCCGCAGAGCUGGAGCCCUCCGCCAUGCCUGUCUACAAGGGCAUGCGGGUGUACUUGACCCGCAAUGUGCGGAAGGACGUCGACUUCGUCAACGGCAUGGAGGCCACGGUGCUGAAGUACGACGAAGGCACGGGCGGCCUCUUGGUGCGCACUGCCACCGGGUUCGUGGUCAGCGUCUGGCCGUGGACCGACCCGGAGAGGGGCGGCUUGGUCUACUACCCGGUCCGGCCGGGCUAUGCGUCCACCAUCCUGAAGUUCCAGGGCGCCGAGCUGCCUCACGUCGUCGUCUACCUGGAUGCCCCGAAGGUGCCUGCCGCGGCCUACACUGCCAUCAGUAGGGUCGGCUACUACAAGGACUUCCUGUUGGCGGGCAUCUUGACGGAGGAUCAUUUCACUCCAGCGAAGUGA